AUGACGGCGAAAAGAAAGAUUCUGAUUCGAACGACAAAGAGCGCGCGGUUUCGAACGCGCGCGAGAAUCGACGCACGGCGAGCUUUUAAGACGCGUUCGAUCGACGCGACGCCGAGGGAUCGGCGAACGCGCCCGGCACGGCCGCCAUCGCGUCGCGCGCGCGCGCGUCGUCGAAGCCGAAACACGCGAGCACGCGAAGCGCGAACUCGAGCAGCGCCGCGUCGCACGCGUCGAACGCGGCGUCGCGCUCGCGCUCGCCCGCGGCCGAAGACGCGAGGACGCGCUCGAGCGCCUCGAACGAGGCGCGACACGCGUCGAGGGUUCGAAAGACGUCGACGGAUUCGCGAGACGCGGCGUCGCGUCUCGCCGCCGGUCCCGAAGUCGCGGAUCGAGCCAGAAUGGCCAGCGUGCACACCUCUCGCGCGUUCGAGUACAUCUCCAGCGAAUCUCGCGGAUUCGUGCAAUCCAGCGUCGCGCUCGUCAAUCGCUCGCGAAGCGCGGCGUCGUCGAGCGUCGCGGCGUCGUCGUCGAGUUCGCGCCGCAGCGCCGCGAGUCGCCCGCGCGCGAGCGCGAUCGGGCCCAACAAAAACCGCGCGUUCGCCGCCUUGCGCGCGUCCGCGACCGCCUCGAGCGGGUUCGCGCGCGCCGCGAGCGCCGGCGCGAGCGCCGGCGCGAGCGCGAGCGCGCGCAGCGCGUCGCGUCGCGUCGUCGAUGUCGUCGUCGUCGUCCGGUCGGCGCGCGCGACGACGCCGCGACGCCGCGAGCGACGCGCCGGCGCGCCGCGGUCGACGCGCGCGCGCGCGCGCGCCGUCGUCGCGCGCAUGUCGCCCGCGAUUCGUCGUCGAGUCGACGAAUGACGCGCGCGCGCGCGCAUUCUCGCAUGCAUUCAUUCGCGCGCGUUCGAACACUCCGCGACGCGCGUUCGAAUCGCGCGCCAUGACCGCGUCGACGCCCGCGAGCGCGUCGUCGUCGAGCGUCGCGGACGACGUCGAGCGGCUGCGACGAAUCGCGCGCGACGCCGCGGAGAAGACGCACGACGUCUCGCGACGGUUACGAAUCGCCGAGUCGGCGCUCGACGACCUGCGCGGCGCGCGCGCGAACGCGCGCGUCGCGACGGAGACGGCGAUCGAGAUCAACGUCGCGAGAGGCUCGAACGACGCGUCCGAAGCGAUGAAGAGCGACGCGCGGCGGACGAUGCGGGCGACGCGCGAGACGCGGGCGACGUUCGGCGACGCGGGCGCGGAGGGCGAGGCGACGGUGAGGUUCGCGAGCGCGCGGGCGGAUUAUCUGGCGAACGAGGACGAGUACGAGGCGCGAGUGGUGACGCUGGAGAAGGUGACGUUCGCGCGGACGGUGCGGGAGACGGCGAACGGGGUGAGGGUGCGGGCGCGGGCGACGCCGUUCGGCGCGGAGGGCGUGGACGCGUGCCCGGGAGGGGUCGGCGGCGCGAGACGGUCGCACAGACUCACGGGAUUCGGCGCGCUCGGGUCGAACUUGAUCGAAAGAUGCGAACAGGACAGCAUGGGGGCGGUGUCGGUGGAGUACAAGGAUAGGUUCGCGGCGCACUUGGGGGUGUUCACCGGGAACCGACAACCCGAGGACAACAUGGGCAAGGUGCUCGCGCAGGCGAGCGCGAAGAGCUCGACGUCCACGCGCCACGUGAACUUCGCGGUGAACGCGUCGAGGUGUCAGAGCGGCGAAGCCAUCCUGGGCGUCGCGCUGACGGUGGCGAAGACGCUGCCGAAGACGACGAGAGCCGUCGUCGGUAACGCCUGGGGGCAAGUCGCCGUCAGGCAACCGAACGCGCGCGAGGAUUUAACCGAGUGGGGGAUCGCCGCGAGCGUGCCUCCGACCAAAGGCGCGGGACUGGUGAAGAACGCGGGAUGGGGGAUCGUCGCCGGCAAGCCCGCCAAUCGCGGCGGCGUGCAAGCCGAGGCGUUCUUGCGCAUCGGUUCCGACGGCGAAGAACCCGGCUCGACGUUGAUUCCGGGCGUCGUAAUCUCCACGGAUGAUCGCGGACAUCGCCAGACGACGCUGGCGUGUCGCGCGCACUUGCUGUGGUGA